AUGUGUGUUAGUACCGGUGCGUCAAUAUCCAUGGAAUCAAUUGCCAAUGAACAUCGACGCUACAUUAAAGAAAAGUAUCCUCAAAGUUAUUCACAACUUUGGUUUCAAAUAUAUGUAACUAAAAAUCGAAAUUUUUCAAAAAAAUUAAUCGAACGAGCUGAAAGAUGUGGUUAUAAAGCUUUAGUACUUACAGUGGACACAUGUGAAAUAGGUAAUAGAGAAUGUGAUAUUCGUAAUAACUUUUCAUUUCCCGAUGGUAUACGUGCUGAAAAUGUUAUUAAUGAGAAUAAUAUUCUAGCGAAAACUUAUCGGCAACUUCAAAUCGACCCAUCAUUAUCAUGGAAAGAUCUUGAUUGGAUACGAUCAAUUACAUCGUUGCCUCUCAUUCUUAAAGGUAUUAUGCAUCCGGAUGAUGCUCGUAAAGCUGUUAGAUAUGGUGUACAAGGAAUUAUUGUAUCGAAUCAUGGGGGACGACAAUUGGAUACAUGUCAAAGUACAAUUGAGGCUUUACCAGAUAUUAUGGCAGUUAUUAGGGAGUGCAAUUAUCAAAUGGAUAUUUAUAUUGAUGGAGGUAUACGACGAGGAACUGAUAUCUUGAAAGCUCUAGCAUUGGGAGCACGAGCAGUACUUAUUGGACGCCCUAUAUUAUGGGGUUUGACGGUAGAUGGAGAGCAAGGUGUGACAAAUGUAUUGGCUAUAUUAAAAAAUGAAUUUCGUGUGGCUAUGAUGCUAUGUGGAUGUCAAAAUGUUGAAGAUAUUAGAAAAAAUAAUCUUUUAGUGAUGAAUGAUAAUAUUAGAUCAAAAUUAUAA